AUGGUGACAUUAGUGGUAGGUGCCGAGUGCUAUGACAUAAUGGCCAUGGUGGGGAAAGGGACUUUUGGACAGGUGAUCCAGGGGCAGUGCAGGAGCACUGGGGAGAUGGUGGCCAUCAAGAUCCUGAAGAACUGUGAUCACAAUGGCCAAAUAGUGAAGAAUGAACUGAGGCUGCUGCAGGCUUUGCGGGAGGGGGACACAAAGGACUCUCAUAUCAUCCAUUUCCUCGAGUCCUUCAGUGACACAGUCUGGACCUACCUGGUCUUCGAGCUGCUGCAGCAAAACCUCUUUGACUUCCAAAAGCAAAACAACUUCUCACCGCUGCCAGUCCGCCACAUCCGAACCAUCACAGCACAGGUGCUGGUGGCACUGGUCAAGCUGAAGGAGCUCUCCAUCAUUCAUGCUGACCUUAAGCCAGAGAACAUCAUGCUGGUGGACCAUGCACGCUAUCCAUUCCGCAUCAAGCUUGUUGAUUUUGGUUCGGCUAUACUCCUCCCUGAGGUCUGCCAUGUCCAGGAGCCCUACAUCCAAACCCGCUUCUACCGGGCUCCAGAGAUCUUGCUGGGGUUGCCCUUCUGCGAGAAGGUAGACAUCUGGUCUUUGGGCUGCGUGAUGGCAGAGCUUCACUUGGGUUGGCCACUCUACCCUGGCAACGACGAAUAUGACCAGGUAUGCUACAUCUGCUCCACCUUGGGGCUACCCCGGGGUGAGCUGCUCUGUGCUGCCCAAAAGACACAGUCCUUCUUCCAACGUGUGCCAUGUUCAACUGGUACCUGGCAGCUCAAACCACCAGGGAAGGUGAUGGCAAAGCCGAUGGAGAGGAGGGAGCAUAUCUUUUCCUCACUGGAUCAGUUGGUGGUGGCAAAUGUCUGCCCGAUGCCUGAUCCUGAUCAGGAGGAGCUAGCCAAGCACUGUGAUCUGUACAGGAUGGUGGAGCUGGUCAAGAGGAUGCUCACUUGGGACUCGCAUGAGCGAAUCACACCCAGUGCUGCCCUUCAUCAUCCCUUCAUCUCCAUGCAGGAGGUGAAGGCCAGCUUUGAGGCCACCCAGUACUACCAGCUCAGUCAGGAAGACCUGAGGGCAUCCUGUAAGGAUUCCAGCAUAGUCAAGAUCUUCCCAGGCACAGAGAAAGGUGCCUUCAUCCCUGCCAGCCAGGGAGGCAUCCAGAAGGCCACUGCCCAGAUGGAUGGGCUCAGCCUGGCUGAGCCAGCUGGGGACACUGGUGGCAAGUGUCAGCAGGACAUCUGUCAAGCCCCCAGUCUCAUCCACUGUGGAAGCCAGUACUGUCAACAUCAUUGGUGUCCCGAGAUGGAGCCCACCAAUGAGAGCUCUGGUGAUGUGGCGCAACCCCAAGCCUCCAGGGAUUUGGAGAAUGGGCUCCAGAGGCUGGGCUGGGACGCCCCUGCAGUACUCAGCACGCUCCUCCUACCACAGAGCCUGUGGCACUCCCAGCACCACUGA